AUGCGCUGCCCCCGACCCCACCCGCACCCCCGGCUGGUCCGGGCCAACGCGGCGGCGUCACGGACUCACCCGCGGGCCCGGCUCGCGCUGCUCCGUCCCUUCACCGCUGAGCGAGCGAGCGAGCAAACAGCCGCCCGAGCCGCCGUCACCUGCCCCCGCCGCUUCCAGCCGCCGAGAGAGCGAGACGCGACAACGUCAGCGCGCAGAGGGGAGGGGGAGCGCGGAACGCGCCGUGGCGAGGGGGACAAGGGAGGGGUGAGAGACUCUCCCCGGGUGGAAGCCUGGCAGGGGCUGUCGACAAACCAGACCCGCGCUGGCGCGCGGCCAAGGGGCCCCUCCACCCCGCGGUGUUUCUCUGGGGAGACCCCCCUCCCCCAUACUCACAGCCUCAGUCCUACCGCUGCGCGUGUCCGCCGCGCGCUCCCUCUUCCUGCGUCGGCCCCUGGGGCACGCGCCGCGGACCGUGCCUGCGCUGGUGCCCAGCAGCCCGGGGCCGGCGACCCCACAGCACCUCGCCCAGCAGCCCGAGUGCGCCGGCUCCGCCCGCGCUGCAGGCCGGCGGCGACCUUCAGCUCCGGGAGUCUGACCUCUUGCGCGGCGCAGGCUGUGGCCCGCCAGCCCUGCCGGGAGCCCCAGCGCCAGGGUCUGGCCAAAGCCAAUCUUGCAGCUGGGCAGCCAGCCGGGAUCUGCCGACAGCAAGAGGUGGAGACGCUCGUAGUUCGCUUCAGUGGGGACUCCCCGUCCGCGGAUGGGAUCAGGAGCACACUACCAUGAGUAAUACCAUACUGCCCUGCAGUGCUGACUACAAAUGGAACUUGCCUUUAGCUUAAGUACUGUUUUUGCAGCAGAAGGAAAUAAGUUCUGUUCCCAUUGACGUUGUGAAAUUCUCAGCAGCUUUGGCAUGCAUAAGGCAGCCCCAGCUCCCAUGGGAGAUUUCCUAGGUAGCAACUGAUUUGUUACAAUAUUUUAUGCUGAAGUUGUGAUUCCAGACCAGACCACGGAUCCAAACAACUAAAAUUUUGAGAAAUUCUGUUCUGAAUCUGAACUUCUCAGCCACCAUACUUAGUCUUUAGUAUGAUUUGUCCCCACAUCUGAACAACCCUCGGCUUGGGAGAGGUUCAGAUCCAGACUUUGAAUUUUUAGCCCACUUCUGUUUGUGGCUCUAAAGCCUUGCCUGCACUGGAGAAAUUUAUCAAAAUAAUUCCGAUCAGGUCUGACACUAGCUUAGCUGAACUAGUGAAUAUGGUGGGAGCCAAUGUAUUCAAGACUUCAGCACCUUGAACCUUUUUUUUUUUUUAAACCAAUUAGACUAUUUUUUCAGCAGAUUUAACUAAAUUUGUGGCAAAAACUUCCAGCCACCAAUGCCCUUUCUAGACUGUGUAGACCAGCUUUAACACCACAUCACCUGAACCAAAAGUUAGAAGUAAUGAGAAUUUGGGGAUUAAUUUUUCCAGUGUAGACAUGGGCCCUUUCAACCCAAAUGUCCCCAUGUUACAAACUCUGUGCAUACAGUACCAUUGAAGUACUAGCAUCUUUGGAGUCGAGGGUGAUAGCCAUUUAAUGAGGGUGGAGAAAUUCAUGCAAAAGUCAGCCACACUUUUUUUAAAUAGGUGUAAAAUUCAGUCGAUCCUGUUAACACCAAUGAGACAAUAAAAAUGUAGGCUGCUGUGUUUAGUUCCUGUUGUCAAAUAGGACUGAGAAGUCUAUUGUACAAACAUUCUCUCUGCAACAAAAGACUGGUAAAAGUUGAACCAGUAAGAGGAAGUGUAACUUUACACAGCAUAUAGUCUGCAGUAGGUCAUGAAUCAUUUGCCCUUCACUUAAUAAAUCUUGGCAAAACUAAAAGUUUAAGUAAUGUAACUAAGAAUAUUUGGAUUACACUUCAGAAUAUGCAGUCAGAGCUUGAUAGGCCACAAAUCUUUUAGGCAACACUGUUUUGAAGAUAACACCCAGUUUACACCAGAAAAUGGGGGCACUGGGAGAAAAUCAGUAUCUGUCUCUUAUCUCUCAUCAAGAAAGAUAACUGAAGGAUAUUAAAGAGUUUGAAACAAAAAUUCAAAGAUUUUUUUAAAUCACCAAACUCUUGUAAGAUUUGAGAAAGCCCUACAUAUCAUUAGCACUAUUCAACAAAAUUUGACAUAAUUAUAUCCAAGGAGAUGUUAAUGUGGCAGUCUGUAUUGCUAUAUAAAGUGCUUCCUGUCAGUCUGAGCCAAAUAAUAAUUGGAAAUUAAACAAAUACAUACUGUUACUGGUAAUGGGUUUGUUCAGCAACAAUAGACUUAAUCCUUUGCUCAACCAGAACCUGAUACUGUAGUUGGUAAUGAGGCCAAAUUCCCAUUGAUCUUGAUGGGACUUUGACCUAAAAAGGGAUAGCAGGUCUGGACCCUUAAGGGAUCUAAUUAAUCAAAGCAAAAUUAUUAUUAAUGCAUACAGCUUCAUAGGAAAAAAAACUGAAAAUUUGAAAUUGAAAAUUAAGGGAAAGAUCCUCAGGUGGUGUAAAUUAUCAUAGUUCCAUUUACUUCAAUGGAGCUAUGACAAUAGAUGCCAGCUGUAGAUCUACCCUUAAAACUCACUGUGAGAUGCAAAAUAUAUCUCAACCCCCACUUCAAAACAAACAUACCUGUGGUUAUAUGCUAUAUCCAGACUAUACCAAAACUAGAUACCUAAAAUACUACACUGGACCAUUGGCCUGGAAAUAGACUAAAGGGAUAAAGCCCAUAUAUAGUUAGAUAGGAAAAAGAGACUGGAAAGGUGAUUUGUUCUAGUGUAUCAACAAACUUUCCUAAUAGCAAAUUUUUUUUAUUUCGUAUAAGAUGUAAAAUAGGUCUUAUACAACACCACAAAAAGCAGUUUCAUACACACUUGAGGCUAUUCUUUUUUGUGUUUUGUCACUUAUAGUUGGUUCAUAUGUUGUGGUCAUGCCUUUUUUUUUUUUCGCCUGUUGGAGAACUAUUUAUUAGUAUUAUCUCCAGUGCAGGAGCACCUAGGAUCUAGACCAGGAACCCAUAGCGCUAGGUCUGUACAGCAGAUAGUCCCUUCUCCAAACACCUUACAAUCUAAGAUGAGGCAACAGAUUUAUGGGGGAGGACAAGGAAACAAUGAGGCUAGGCAGUGGGUUGCUAGGGCUAGAUGGGGUUCAACCCUCUCAAGUCUGAACCAUCCCACUGCCUGCAUGCAAAGCCCAGCUCCACAGGCAAAGACCCAUCUCUGGCAAUGCUGGGGCCAGCUUGGUGCUGAUUUGCUUGGCUGCCCAGCAGCAAGAUGAGCAGAGAAAGUCCAAUGGUGAGGCUAACCCAGUGGUGAGGCUAAACCACAAGGCCUCAGCAUAGUGCUGCAGACAGAGUCCAUGCCGAAUGUGGCCAGUGCCCAGCAAGUGAGCUCCAUCCCUGCAAUAGCGAGUCCAUCCCUCCCCAGUGCCUGCAGCCGUAGCUGGAGCCAGCAAGGCAGGGAGGAGGGCAAGCAAGACGGAGGAGACGGGGAAUGGGCUUGGAAGGAGGGAGCCAGAUACAACCACCUGUGGCCACUGGCACUGCCACAAGCUCCCUGCAUUCCUAGCCCCUCCA